UUUUUUUCACAACCACCAUCUAACCAAAACUUCCAUAGGUUGAUCAUCUCCUUCUCUCAAUUUAAAACUGCAAGAGAGAAAAUUCUAGCCUCUUCCUCUACCAUCUCCAUUAUCCUCCCUGCCUUUUCAUUGCUCCUCUCACCGGAACCAUCUUUUCUGCCCUUACCGUAUCUACCAGCUCUAUCUCGUUUCCCUUCCUUUAAAGCUCCUUCCUCUCUUUCUAAACCCACCGAAAUAACCCUUGAUCGGCAUUUUGAUUGUAAUUAGCCGAGCAUAUUCAGUUAUUAAUGGCUCUGAGUCAACGGGAAUCUCAUAUCUGUUCAUCAGACCUAGUUACCGACUUGCUGUUGUGGAGGAAAUGGCAUGGAGGGUUUAUUGUGCUAGUCUCUGCAACAACCUUCUGGUUCCUCUUUGAGAGAGCAGGCUAUAAUCUCUUGUCCUUUGUGGCCAAUGUUUUAUUGCUUCUUGUUGUAAUUCUUUUCCUAUGGGCCAAGUCUGCUUUGCUUCUCAAUAGACCUCUGCCCCCACUUCCUGAUCUGGAAAUUUCUGAGGCAUCUGUUCUAAAGGCUGCUGAUGCACUGCGAGUAUGGAUCAACUACACCUUGUCAAUUGCUCGUGAUAUUGCUAUAGGAAGAAACUUGAAAUGUCUCCUGCAGGUUGCUAUUGUCUUGUGGGUGAUAUCUUUUGUUGGUAAUCUUGUCAAUUUCCUCACACUGCUUUAUAUUGUGGUUCUUCUUAGUCUGUCUGCUCCCGUGUUGUAUCACAAGUACCAGCAUCACAUUGAUGAAAAACUAUGCAUGACACAUAGAGUUAUUCAAAUGCAGUACAGGAGAAUUGAUGAAAGCCUCCUAAAGAAAAUUCUGAGGUCCUCAAAUAAGGACAAGAAGACUCAGUAGGUAUGAGCUCACUGACGCACAAUUAGGAGCAUUGAGAGUAAGCAGGCUUCAGAUGUUUUUACUGGAAAAAUUCUGUAUUGAUUUUAGUGAUCUCGAGUUGGAUGGAGGAUCAUUACAUAUUUUUGGCUCAUCACUCCAAUUGGGGAUCUAAUAUUCUUGGUGUGUAGGGGUGGGAGAUUUAUUUCUGGUGAUGGAAUGUAUGUUUAUACAGCAUGGUUUCUAUUUGCUUCUUUUGUAGUUAUAUACAUUAUAAAAUGAUGUCUUUACUUUUGUUCACCUAAAUUUGAUGCUAAGCUCUUCUUGUGUGUGCUAUAUAAA